AUGCCUCAAAAAUUGAAGGUCGCGGUGGCACAGGCCCGUACCGGCCCCUCCCUCCCCGCAACGCUCUCUGCGCUGGAGCAAAUCACUCACCACGCUGCUUCCCAAGGAGUUAGCCUUCUGCUUUUCCCUGAAGCGUACCUGGGAGGCUACCCUCGCACCUGUGAUUUUGGAACUGCUGUGGGUGCUCGUGCUCCUCAUGGGCGAGAGCAAUUCUUGCGGUAUUUCCAGGAUGCGGUGGAUCUCGGGGAUACGCCCGCGGGUGCGGGAGAUGACUGGGUAGAACGCAAACUCCCCGUCGCGAAAGGAUCCGACCGUCGUGGUGAUGGAACAAGAGAAUUUCUUGAAAAGGUGUCCCGCGAGACGGGCGUCUUUAUUUCCACAGGUGUGAUCGAGAAGGCCGGUGGCACUCUGUACUGUUCCGUCCUCUAUGUGGACCCGACAGCCGGUGUCCUGGGGAAGCGGCGGAAGGUUAUGCCAACUGCCUCGGAGCGUCUUAUUUGGGGCCAGGGCUCACCAUCUUCUCUGAAAGCAGUCACCACUGUGCUGAACGGAGUGAAGCUGACCAUCGCGGCUGCUAUUUGCUGGGAAAACUUCAUGCCUCUGCUGCGACAGAGCCUGUAUUCCCAGAACGUGAAUAUCUAUCUCGCCCCGACAGCUGAUAGCCGGGACACUUGGCUUCCACUCAUGCGCACCGUCGCUGGUGAAGGUCGUACUUUUGUUCUAUCCUCCAACCAGUGUGUCCGCUACCGCGAGUUGCCGUCCUGGAUCACCGAGCAUGCUGCCCAGGAAGGAAAUGCUCUGGAAGGAGACCAGUACAUUUGCCGUGGUGGAUCUAGCAUUGUUGGCCCUCUUGGAGAUGUUCUUGCUGGCCCCGUUUGGGAAACUUGUGUUGACGACGCAAUUGAAUCCUCCCGUUCGGGCGAGGUUUCCAGUAAAGAUGGGUUGUUGGUCCACGAAAUUGACUUGGAGGAUUGUGAGCGAGGCAAAUUCGAUAUGGACGUUGCCGGCAGCUAUUCCAGGAACGAUGCGUUCAAGCUGACGGUAGCGGGGCUGGACUUGAACCCUCCUCCGUUUUGA